UGGGCGGAAGUCCAAAAAAGGGCAUUGAGAGAGUUGGGUGGCGCCCAGAGGUGCUCUCUCGGCUUUUGCGUUUCUUACCCAAAUUAUGAGAAAAUUGUUUUCAUCCCAAAAUAUCGUUAGAAAAGACAGUCCCAGCGCUCGGAGGCUUAGCUGACAGGAGGGGAAGGGUGCGUGGCUGCGAGACUCAGAACCACUGGGAGCCCUGAAGCCAGUGUUGGCCCCGGCGCCCCACGAGCGCGCGAUUCCUCCCCGGCUUUAGGAACUGCCCUGUGUGCGCAGGCCCGAGCAUGGGAACCCCGAAACCGCGGAUCUUGCCCUGGCUGGUGUCGCAGCUGGACCUGGGGCAGCUGAAAGGCGUGGCCUGGCUGGAUGAGAGCCGCACUCGGUUCCGGAUCCCCUGGAAGCAUGGCCUGCGGCAGGACGCCCAGAUGGCUGACUUUGGCAUCUUCCAGGUGCUGGGGGCCAAAGACUUUGAAAGACUUUGGAAGACUUUGGAGAGGCGUUCCUGGGCGUGGCUAGGCAGGGGCGGGGUCUUGCUAAUGAAGGCCUGGGCCGAAGCCAGUGGUGCCUACACCCCAGGAAAGGAUAAGCCAGACCUGUCAACCUGGAAGAGGAACUUCCGGUCAGCCCUGAACCGGAAAGAAGUGUUGCGAUUAGCUGAUGACAAGAGCAAGGACCCUUUUGAUCCUCAUAAAGUGUAUGAGUUUGUGACUCCAGCAGCAAGAGACUUUGUACAUCUGGACACCUCUCCUGAUACCAAUGGCAAAAGCAGUCUGUCUGAUCCCCAGGAAGACCUCUUGGAAUUACUGGAUGGCAUGAUCUUGGAACCCCUCCUCCAGGAUGGGGGGUCCUCAGGAGAGGCUAUUGCUCCUGAUCACUCUCAACUACUGCCAAGCCCCAAUUUGGACAACAUCCUAAACAUGGCACCCCAGGAAAACCCACUGAGGCAGCUGCUAGCUGAGGAACAAUGGGAGUUCGAAGUGACCGCUUUCUAUCGAGGCCGCCAGGUCUUCCAGCAGACACUCUUUUGCCCAGGAGGCCUGCGGCUGGUGGGGACCACAGCCGAUAACAGGACACUGCCUGGGCAGCCAGUCACCCUGCCAGACCCUGAGGAGUUUCUGACAGACAGGCUUGCGAGGGAGUAAGGGAUCCAUGUCCUCAAGGGGCUGGGCAAGGGGCUGGCACUGUGGAGGUCAGGGCAGUGUCUCUGGGCCCAGCGUCUGGGCCACUCCCAUUCCUUCUGGGCUCUGGGUGAGGAGCUGCUUCCAGACAGUGGGCGAGGGCCUGACGGAGAGGUCCCCAAGGACAAGGAUGGAGGCGUGUUCGACCUUGGGCCCUUUGUAGCAGAUCUGAUUGCCUUCAUGGAAGGAAGUGGACACUCCCCACGCUACACUCUGUGGUUCUGUGUAGGGGAGACGUGGCCCCAGGACCAGCCGUGGGUCAAGAGGCUUGUGAUGGUCAAGGUUGUCCCCACAUGUCUUAAGGAGCUGUUAGAGAUGGCCCGGGAAGGGGGAGCCUCCUCACUGAGAACCGUGGACUUGCACAUCUCCAACAGCCAGCCUGUCUCCCUCACUUCUGACCAAUACAAGGCCUACCUCCAGGACUUGGUGGAGGACAUGGACUUCCAGGCCACUGGAGACACCUAAGCCCUGCUUAGCUGCCACCAAUAAAGCAGUUUAUGCCACCAUCA